CACCAACUCCAGUGCUCACACUCUCACUCACUCAACUCAGUUCUCGUUCUCACACAGUCACACUCACGCAACGAAAAAUAUGACCACCAGAAUCCCGUCGCACCAGCUCAGCAGCGGGCUGUAUGUCUCGGGACGGCCCGAACAGCUCAAAGAACGCCAGCCCACAAUGGGCUCAAAGGCUGUCCCAUAUACCGGUGGUGAUGUUAAAAAAUCCGGAGAAUUGGGAAAAAUGUUCGAUAUCCCAGUGCUUGAUCAAGCUCAAACGUCAUCGAAUCUUCCACCUUUUCCUCCUAAAGCACCUUCCCGCCCUUCUUCGUCUUCCCAACCCAAUAGUGGAUCCGUCCGAUCUGGGCCCAAUUCUGGCCCGGUAAAGAAAUCAUCCGGGCCGUUACCUCUCCAGCCCACUGGGCUCAUCACCUCCGGCCCGUUGAACUCUGGUUCACUGGGUCCGAGGAGGUCGGGGCCACUGGACGGGACCGGGUCGUUUUCGACGCCGAGUAAGGCAGCGUACGGGUCCGCGGUGACGAGCUUAGGGGAGGAGAUGAAGGUGGGGUUUAGGAUUUCGAGGGCGGCUUUGUGGGUGAUGAUGGUGGUGGUGGCGAUGGGAGUGAUGGUGGGGGCGUUCUUGAUGGUGGCGGUGAAGAAGGCGGUGGUUUUAGUAGCGGUGGGGGCUGUGGUGGUCCCGCUUUUAGUGGGUAUGGUGUGGAACUGUGUGUGGGGGAGAAGAGGGUUGUUGGGGUUUGUUAAGAGAUACCCAGAUGCUGAACUUAGAGGCGCCAUUGAUGGUCAGUAUGUUAAGGUUACUGGGGUUGUCACCUGUGGCAGUAUUCCUUUGGAAUCAUCUUACCAGAGGGUACCUAGGUGUGUAUAUGUUUCCACUGAAUUAUAUGAAUAUAGAGGAUGGGGUGGAAAAUCUGCAAAUCCUAAACACCGUUGCUUCUCCUGGGGAUCUAGACAUUCAGAGAGAUAUGUGUCGGAUUUUUACAUAUCAGACUUCCAAUCUGGGUUAAGAGCCUUGGUGAAAGCAGGCUAUGGAGCUAAGGUUGCUCCAUUUGUCAAGCCAACAACUGUGGUUAAUGUAACAAAAGGAAACAGAGACUUAUCUCCAAGCUUUUUACGCUGGCUAGCUGAGCGCAACCUCUCCAGUGAUGACUGCACAAUACGCCUCAAAGAAGGCUAUAUCAAAGAAGGGAGCACUGUAAGUGUAAUGGGGAUUGUACGGCGCCAUGACAAUGUGCUCAUGAUUGUUCCUGCAACAGAGCCUGUUUCAACAGGCUGUCAGUGGACCCGCUGCUUACUCCCAACCUAUGUUGAAGGUCUCAUUUUGACAUGUGAUGAUAAUCAAGAUGGGGAUGUAGUUCCUGUGUAAAUAUCUGGUGAAUCAUCUGAAAUUUGUAUAUCAAAGUAAAUAUUGGAAAAGUGGAAGAUGAUGAAAAGGUCACACACUGCCAGACCACGUUUCUUUAUUGUAUGUAAGAAUGGUGUAGAAGAUGGAGAAAGAAAGAGAAGACCACAUAUCAAUCAAAGAAUAGUUUACUUGUGAAUCAAUAUGCUUUGGGGAUUCUAAAUGAGAUCUCCAGGUUGAAGAAAGAACUCCCCACUAAGAAGCUAGAAGAUACUGUGUUGUGAAGUAGCUGCAUAUUCUGGUUUUGGUUGAUUUUAUGUACAUAGAUGCAGAGAUACCCAGAAGGAUUCAGAAAUAUUCGCCGUCUUCGGAUACAAUCAAUUCUAGAGUGUAAAGUAAAAUUAUCAGUGUUCCCAAGAGUUCAUAUAUAUAUUUCCAGCUGAUUUUAAGUUUGUGAGAAACUCUUUGUUUAUAUUCUACUGUUAAUGGCAUGUAAAUUGAUCAAAGCUACUCCUGUAAGAGAGUUACCGAAUCCCACUUCUUUGAAGCAAUGUGAACUGUGUAAUUCUUCUCACAACUACGAUUGUGGUUUUCGUUUCGUUUAA